AUGACUAUGAGAGGUAUUCCCAUUUGCAAAUCUCUGCCUUCACGUAUGGCCUCAUGCGAGGUCCGGCCGCCAACGGCGCGAUGUGAAAUGCGGGUGUUGGAGGUGCAGGUGGAGGGGUGGAGCGACGACGACGACGACCAGAGGAAGAGCCGGCCUUGUGGUCGUUCCUGCCCUUGCAGCCGGAGAUCCAGUGUGGCCGGCGGCGAGGUGGAGCUAGGGUUUGGAGAAACCAAGCGUGUCGGUAUUCAAGGAGGCAUGUGUUGCCGGGAGUGGGGAAGUGGAAGUGUGUACCCCCACCGGUCCAUGGCUUUCGCAUUAAAAAGGACGGCGACCACUCGGCCGGGGUGGCUGACAAGCGGGGCCAACCGCGCGUGCAUCGUAAAAGUGGACGUUUUGGAGAUUGCAGAAUCAGUUUCAACGAACAUAAACAACAGGGGCAUCCUGGGUAAAUCAGCUAGGAGCAGCCUAGAAAAAUGUGACAGUCUCACACUACAGCAGCAUGCCUAA